AUCAGAUAUAGCGACGAAGUCCAUUUCGGGAUGGGGCCUCAAGGGAAGCUCGUUAUUAUCCGGAAACGCGGCGAACGGUACUGUCCCAAGUGUAUCCAACGCGUGGAGGAACGGGACGACGCAGAGAAGCUCAAAGUCCACGCAUGGGCCGCGGUGGGCUACGACUUCAAGUCCCUCCUUACCUUUUACGAGAUACCGACGAAUAAAAACGGGAAGAAGACGCAGGACGUUUAUCUCAAGGAGAUACUCCAGACGGAAGUUCAGGAAUGGGUCGACCGUGGAGAUUUCUUCGUUUUAGAGGAGGAUCAAGACUCAGGCCACGCACCGCCGCGGUCAAGGAAAAAAGGCAAUGCCGUACAACAAUGGAAAGAGCAAAAUGGCGUACAUUCGUACUUUAAUUGCGCAGGAUCGCCGGAUCUUGCGAUCAUCGAGGACUGUUGGCAACCGACGAAGCAAUACGUACGGAAAUAUCGCCAUUUCAAUCCCGAAGAAACUCGUGAAUUAGCGAUCGAGGCCUGGGGAGAGCUUAAACAGGAAUGGAUUAAUAAACGGGUACUUUCUAUGCCUGAUCGACUUCGAAAGGUGAUCGAGGCUGGUGGUCAACUGAUUGGUUAUGGGGGCGGAAUGGCGGGCUAA